AUGAACGAGGAAUUAACUUUUCUUUACGAAGCAAAGGCCAAGGACCUGCGUGCGCACCUCAAGACCUGGGAGAAUGACUGGGCGAGGACGCAUCGUGGCAGCAAGCCGGGCCGGCAGGACAUCAAGGACAACCCAGGCAUUGCCGAAAAGUACAAGGAAUACAGCAAGGACGAUGAGCCCAGGUCCAAGAAGCGCAGACCCGAGCCUACACCGUCCGAGACCCCCCUCAAGCGAACCAGGCACGCCGAAACUCCCCAUCGAGACCGCGCCCGAGACGACGAGCUCAUGAACUCACCCGGCAUCUCGAGAAAGCUCUUCAGCCCCGCCAAGGUCACAUCACUAGGCCCAACGCCGCAAAAGGAUGGACGAGUGCUCGGCCUCUUCGACUUGCUCGUCGAACGGGAACUCGGGACGCCGUCGCAGAAGAACAAGGAUGCGGCAAAGAAGCCGGCAAGUCGAUACAACAUUCACGCGACGCCGAGUAAGCGCACAGGCAGCGAAAACGUGGACGGCGACGCGGAACUGGCCCGGACGCCCAUGUCGGCGAGCAAGCGGCAUCUUGUGAAUGCGACCAUGACACCGAUGAAGAAUCGAGGAGAGACGAGAUGCGGGAGAACGCCGACGUCGGUGUCGAAGCUGCAGUUUGACACGCCGGCUUUUCUGAAGAGGAACACGCUUCCGACACUCAAUGAGAAUGACGCAUUCGACAUGCCUGCCCCGUUGAAACUGCCGCGGAAGCCACUCGUUCGCGGCCUGAGCGAGAUUGUCGCCAGUCUCAGACGAGUGGAGGAAGAGACGCUCGAUGACGACCUAGAAGCUCUACGCGAGGCAGAAAACGAACAAGAUGGCGGGGCGCCGGUCAAGCGUCCACCACAAAUGCCGACAGAACCAGACAGCCAAGCUAGGCGCCUCCCGCUCGGCGGGUUUGACGACGAGGGAUUGUACGACAGUCCAGAGGAGGACAAGUCGCAUCGAAACGGGAAUCCGUUGGCAGUGUACAAGAAAAAGGCACCCAAGAGGACAACCAGGCGGGUCAACAUCAAGCCGACGUGGAACAAGCGUCCUACGGACAUGGCUGAAAGCAGCGGUAGCCUUGAGGCCGAUGAAGACAGCACCUUGGGAGCGAGGCCUGAUGCCGCUGGCCCGAGCGGGCAAGUUGAAGGGCUGUUGGAUGACCAAGAUUUCCAAGACGUCAAUCCAACGAGAAAGCCCAAGGCAAAGGCGGCAAAGGAGGGCCCUAUCAAGAAGACGGUGAGAAAGGUCAACGAGCUGGCGCACGCCAACUUCCAGAGGCUCAAGCUACGCAACUCGGGAGCAAAGGGGGGGCCGGGACACAACAGUCGCUUCCGCCGGCGGCGUUGA